AGAACCAAACCCUAACUAAAAUAAGGGAUCCUAAUAAGCCCUAAUGUAAUAAGGCUUAACAAUUUUAACCUAUAAAUUCUCCCUAUUCCCAAAGAAUUAGGGCAAAACAACUUCACCUUUUUGAUUGAUCGAUUGAUUUUGAGUUCAUCAUCAAUGGCGGCCGAAGGUACUCGAUUGACAGGGAUUGUGUCUCGGUUCAGUAACCAAAAGGGUUAUGGUUUCAUCAAACCUGAUGAUGGAACCGAAGAUCUUUUUGUUCAUCAAUCCGAGAUCAAAUCUGAGGGGUUUCGUUCGUUAUAUGAAGGUCAGAAAGUUGAGUUUACGGUGACUGGGAAUGGUGAUAAGUAUCAGGCUGUUGAGGUUACGGGUCCUGAUGGACUGGCUUUGGAUGGAGGUCGUAACGGCGGCGACGGAGGUGGUAGGGGUAUGGGUCGUGGUGGUGAUGGGUUGAAUCGGAGGAAUGGGAAUGGGUUUUUGAGAAGUGGUGGUGGUGGAGGUGAGUGUUAUAAUUGUGGUAGGGUGGGUCAUAUGGCUAGGGAUUGUGAUCGUAUCAGUGGUGGAGGAGGUGGCGGGGGCGGUGGUGGAGGUGCGUGUUAUACUUGUGGAAUGACGGGGCAUAUAGCUAGGGAUUGUGGUGGUGGCGGUGCUGGAAGUGGUGGAGGCGCCUGUUACACUUGUGGAAUGACAGGGCAUAUAGCGAGGGAUUGUGACCGUAGUGGUGGCGGUGGCGGUGCUGGAAGUGGUGGUUGUUACAAUUGUGGUGGGAUUGGGCACAUGGCUCGAGAUUGUCCUAGUGAGAGACGUGGUGGCGGCGGCACUGGUGGUGGUGGUUCUGGGGCUUGUUAUAAUUGUGGAUUGCCAGGGCACUUGGCAAGGGACUGUUCACGAGAGAGUGGUGGUGGCGGCGGCAGUUUUGGGAGAUCCAGUGGUGGCGGCGGUGGUGACAGGUUUGGGAGAUCGAGUGUUGGAGGAAGCAAGUGUUACAACUGUGGAGAAACUGGCCAUUUUGCAAGGGAAUGCACUAGCCCAGCUGUGAACUGAGAAAAUCUUUUAGAGGAAGAGUUGUCAUGUACAUGAUCUUCUCUUUUUCUCUCGUCUUUCUAUUUAGGAGUAUUUAAUUAAUAUGGAUUAUUCAACUUGUUUACUCACUAGUCCUUUUUCUUUUGUUCCUUUAGUUUCCUACAUACAUGCAUUGGUAGCUUUUAGGAUAAAAAAAUUAGUUGUUGGGAUUUGCUAUCGACUGUUUCUGUGAUGGAAAGUUUUGAUUUUUUGUUGGUUAUACAAAGAUAUAAAAAGUCUGGUUUUGGAUUUGGAAAUUUUGGUUUUCUCCGGAGUAAAUUUCACUUUGGAUUAA